AUGCCAGUCAAUAGCGCCCUUGAACCCUGACAGCCUAUCAUCCCAAGCUUACGGCAAGUAGACGUGUACCACUUGGAGCCGAACGCGUCGUACUGGUUCCGCGUGUGGGCUACCAACGCGCUGGGCUCAGGACCACCGGUGGAGGUGCUGGCCACCACGCUGUUCAGCGAUCAGGAAGCGGAGCUAUACAAACACUUCCUGGAGGGCUCGGAAACAUUCGACACGCGCACGUGGGUGGCUGCCGUGUGUGUGGUGAUGGGAACUCUGCUAGUGCUGGCGAUCGGCACAUGCGCCGUGCUAUGCCGCGAGUGGCGCCGCGUCGGUGAGCCAAAUGAUUGUACUGCGACCGCCUAG